AUGGUAGCAGAACUGGACGCGAGCAAGCUGCGCAUCACGCGAAAUCCGCAGCCGGCUGAAAUCCCCAACCCCGCCGACCUGGAGUUUGGCAAGCAUGUAACGGACCACAUUCUCCAGAUACCGUGGUCGGAGGCGUAUGGCUGGCAUGCACCUCAAAUCGUGCCCUACGGGAAUCUCAGCCUUGAUCCCACCGCCGGCGUCUUCCACUACGCCUUUGAGUGUUUCGAAGGGAUGAAGGCGUACAAGGACGCCCAGGGCCGGCUACGGCUGUUCCGGCCGGAGAUGAACCUCGCGCGACUGAAUCAAUCGGCAGCACGAGUCGCGCUCCCCACGUUCAACGCCGCCGAGUUUCUGACGCUGUUGGCUGAAUUCGUGGACACCGAGUCUCGACACAUCCCCGCUAUCCGGGGAUACUCGCUCUACCUGCGACCCGUUCUGAUCGGAACAAACCCCGGGCUGAGCGUAUCCCCGCCCACCUCUGCUCUCCUCUACGUGGUGGCAUCCCCCGUGGGCUCCUACUUCCGCAACGGGUUCCAGGCAAUCACGCUGGAAGCCACCAGCAGCGCGCAAUGGGUGCGUGCGUGGCCCGGCGGCAGUGGAAGCCACAAGGUGGGGGCCAACUAUGCCCCCUGCAUGGUGCCGGAGCUUGCAGCCAGACAGCGAGGGUCUCACCAGGUCCUCUGGCUCUUCGGGGAGGACAACCUGGUGACGGAAGCGGGAACGAUGAAUCUGUUUAUCGUGCUGCGGAGGCCUGACCUGGGCUUGGGCCCGGGCUGCUGUGAGCUGGUGACGCCGCCAUUGGACGGCACGAUCCUGCCAGGAGUCAACCGCGACUGCGUGCUCAGCCUGGCACGGGAGAGACUGCAGCCACAGGGUUGGCUGGUCCGCGAACGGGCCGUCUCCAUGGGGGAGUUGGAGGCGGCCGCCGCGGCUGACAGCCUGCAGGAGGUGUUUGGCACGGGCACGGCAGCCAUCGUCAGCCCUGUCCGGUGUAUCCGCUGGGCGGGACGGACGAUCAACUGCGGCUUGUCAGCCGCGCAGGAGACAGGCCAAUUGGCUGCGACGAUGAGAGAGUGGAUCGAAGCACGACAAUACGGAGAAGAUGAGCAUGAGUGGAGUGUGCUGGUGGAUGAUAUUAUCCAGGGCCCCGAGGUCGGACUUGGCGCCAGGCUUUAA